UAGGGAUAAUGAGAUAUAAUUUAAUAAUUUAGAUUAUUGUAAUCCAGUUGCGGCUGCUUAGUCGCUUAGAGCUCCUAGUGUAGCCUGAGUCGUCGAAGAUGGCGACUCUCAACUUUAUAAUCUUAGCUGCAGUAUGCUUAGCAGCUCAAGCAUUUCCUCAAGAUCCUACCCCAUACAGAAACACCAUUUUCGGUGAUGAAAAGCUAGAAGGGGAACCUUUUCAAUAUAUAGACGAUAUUGAUGGCAAAAAUGGACUAUCCAGAUCAGAUGAAACAGCCAAUCCCUAUCGAUUACCAACAACAACAAAACCUGAACACUACAAUCUCCUGUGGAUGGUUGAGAUACCCGAAAAUGUAUUCUCGGGAGAAGUAGAAAUCCAACUGUAUGCAACUGAACCAAACGUCAACGAAAUUGUCAUCCAUGCUCAAUACUUGAACAUUAAUUCGAUAGUGUUAAAGCUAGGUGAUGAUGAAAUAGCGCAAACGUUCUCCUUACAGCCAGAAUAUGACUUCUUAAGAGUAAGCCUUACGAACGGUGUCCUGGAAUAUGAUGCGACGUCGAAUAUCUUGUAUAGUCUGACCAUUGAUUUUAAUGCUCCUUUGAGAACCGACAUGGCUGGUCUGUACCAGAAUUGGUUCAGGAACACUGCCAAUGACAGUGAAAGCUGGAUGGCAUCAACACACUUCCAAGCCACCACCGCACGCUUCGCUUUCCCUUGCUACGACGAGCCCAGUUCCAAAGCCACUUUCAACAUUACCGUCAGAAGGCCCGAGGGUUUUAAUAGCUGGACUGGAAUGAGGCUCCAGGAAACCAGAAACAGCAAUAUUGCGGGCUACGAAGAAGACGUUUUCCACAUUACUCCGAUAAUGCCCACCUACCUCUUGGCAUUAAUAGUCGCUGAAUACAAAAGCCGUGAAGUUUUCAAUGAUGGAACCCUCGUUUACGAAGUGAUUGCUAGGCCUAACGCCAUUGACACAAACCAAGGAGAUUAUGCUUUGGAAAUUGGACAAAAACUUUUGGCAGAAAUGAGCGAUCACACGGCCCUUGACUUCUAUGAUGUGCACCCUUAUCUCAAGAUGACACAGGGGGCCGUCCCAGACUUCCGUGCUGGAGCUAUGGAGAACUGGGGAUUGUUACUGUACAGGGAAGCUUAUAUAUUAUACGACGAGAACCACACAAACAGCUACUUCAAGCAGCUGAUUGCUUACAUCUUGUCACAUGAAAUCGCUCACAUGUGGUUUGGUAAUCUCGUCACUUGCGAUUGGUGGGACGUGUUUUGGCUCAACGAAGGAUUCGCCAGAUAUUAUCAGUACUACUUAACUGAUUGGAUUAUACCUGAGAUGGGUUUCGAAAAGCGUUUCAUCAACGAACAAGUUCACACCUCGCUCCUCACUGACUCAGCCAAUAACCCUCAUCCUGUAACUAACCCUGGGGUUGUCCACGAUCCAGUUCAAAUAAGGGCUAUGUUCUCUACGAUCAGUUACAACAAAGGUGCUGCAAUCAUUAGACAGACUGAACAUCUUCUGGGGUUCAAUGUCCACAGACAAGGUUUGAGAAGAUAUUUAGUUGACAGAUCAUUCAACACUGCGCAACCAAUUCACUUAUUCGAAGCUCUUCAAACCGAAGCUGUAGCAGCUGGUGCAAUUGCUCAGUACGGAGACGACUUUAACGUCAUCGACUAUUACAAAACAUGGACUGAACAGGCAGGACACCCAGUACUCAACGUUGAAGUUGACCACCAAACUGGUCAAAUGACUAUUUAUCAGCGCCGUUUCAACAUCAACAGCGGUUACUCUACAGCUACCACUAACUGGAUCGUUCCCAUCACGUUUGCUACGGCCAGUGACCCAGACUUCGAAGAUACUAAGCCGUCUCAUAUCAUUAGAGACGCUAUCACCGUCAUCGACCGCAACAGCAUCGGUGAUGAAUGGGUAGUUUUCAACAAACAACAAGCUGGUUUCUAUCGGGUUAAUUACGACGACUACACUUGGAAUCUAAUUGUCAAUACCUUGAGAGGACCAAAUAGAACUCAAAUCCACGAUUUGAACAGAGCCCAGAUUGUUAACGACGUAUUCCAAUUCGCCCGCUCUGGACUCAUGACUUACUCCAGGGCUUUCAACAUUCUCUCCUUCCUUGAGAAUGAGACGGACUACACUCCAUGGCUGGCUGCCAUCACUGGCUUCAACUGGAUCAGGAAUAGGCUUGUUGGCACUACAUACAUCGAUCGUGUUGAUGAGAUGAUCGCGCGAUGGGCAACGACAGUAAUGGACCAGUUGACGUAUUAUCCAAUUCCUGGUGAAUCUUUCAUGGAUUCGUAUCUCCGAUACCAAAUAGCUCCUUUCAUGUGUAACCUGAACCAAACCGCUUGUCGCGAAGCUGCUGUAGCUCAGUUUGAAGAUCUACGUGACAAUGACAAUGAAGUGCCAGUUGAUAGCCGAAAUUGGGUCUACUGCAAUGCUCUUCGUCAAGGCACGGAAGACGACUUCGAAUUCCUUUGGGAACGCUUCGAGAAUCACAACGUGUACUCUGAGAAGAUCUUGCUGCUUCAGGUCUUAGGAUGUACUCCUCAUGAGGAUUCACUAAAUAAGCUCUUAGACGCAAUUAUUCAGCCCAACUUCAUUAUCCGGCCCCAAGACUACACGACGGCGUUCAGCACCGCCGUCAGCGGGAAUGAAGGCAACACUCAGAUUGUCCUCCGCUAUAUGCAGAGAAACAUCACGGCUGUUGCUGUUGCAUUUGCACCUGCAUCUGCACUUACAAUCUCUGAAGAUUUCACGACACCGAUAUCUUACAUAACGCCAAGAUUGAGAAAUGAACUAGAAAUUAAAGAGUUCGAAGAAUGGGUCGUCGCAAGCAGAGACGAACUGGGUACCAGCUACAACUCAAUCUACAAUAGCAUCGAGUCCACCCGCCAGUCCCUCCGAUGGGCCGCAAAUGUCCAGAGCGAUAUGGAAAACUAUUUGACUGCUGGAGACGACGUGUACGAAUCAAGCACAGCCCCGCCAGUCGUCAUUGAGGAACCAACUACUGUCACAGCACCGCCAUUGUCUGAGCCAGUGAACCCUGAUUUAUCAGAAUCAGACUCCGCCAAUACAGCUAUUUUGUCAGUAGUCGUUAUAGCACUCGCGGUAGCUGCAAACUUUGCUUUGUAAACUUGUGAUAUGAUACUGUACUAUAAUGGUAACAAGCUUCAUAUCAAUAAUCGAAUUGGAAUAAUGCUAUAGGUAGACCGCUUAAAUAAGUCUUCGCCGGCAGUAAGGUUUCCACCAAGCGGAGCGAAGUAGGGUUUUGAAUAACCAAUCAGAUUCUCGCACUGGUUUAGACUGGUUUGCAUGUGCGUUGCCCGAACGCACAUUUAGAUUGUCUUCUGCUCCUACAUAUCUACUUCGUGGUUAGUCGGUCUACCUAUAGUAAAACUCCGUUAAUUGAUUACAUUGUAAAACAACAACUGACAUAGUAUUAACAGUCAUGAGGCGGUGGCAGAUAUUUAGUACUCUUGAAUCAUCUCUAAAUAUCUAAUUUAAGAUUGCGUAUUUAUAAGAAAUAAAUAUUUUUUAAAGAAA